AUCUCUUCCUGUCACAUUUUGACGUAUCAAUAGAACUUAACAUCUCUCACAUUUCUUGAUUUUUCGUCGAAUCCGGUUCUAAUCCACUCUUCAAAAUGCAAGGAAUGAGCAUAUCCUCCCUCAAGAAACAUAGGGCGUUGAUCCCUUUGUACUUUUGCGUUGGUUUGGGGUGCGCCGGGGCCGUAUUUUACACCGCAAGAUUAGCGUUGCGCAAUCCUGAUGUAGCAUGGAGCAGAACCCCCGGACAAAUUUCAAACGAAGAGUACAGAGAUAAACAAUACAAGUUUUAUUCUCCCAACGUUGAUUAUUCUAAAUUGGAAAGUAAAGCUCCGAAAUUAUAAAAAAAUUGUUCCAGGAUUAGUAAAAAUAGAUAAACGUUAAUAAAAUGUAUUAAUAAGUUGUCCUUUGAGCCAAUAAAACUUAUUCUAGGUGA